AAAAAAAAAAAAACACUUUCAGAUAAAAAAAAUGUUUUUUCGUCGCACUUUCUUAAAAUCCUUCCUUGCGGUCACCCUUUUGGCCGCGACGCUUUACACAGUCUACGACGUCCAUCGCAUCUACGACACUCGCAGCGUCAACCUCAACGAUACCACAGCAGGAAGUCAAGGAGGAGGAGGUGCUGGUGCCGAAGCUGUCGACCUCGCCAAGGCCCAGACAGCGGUAAGCGAGGAGUCUGCGGUCGACAGCCGGUUAAGUGAGAGGAAGAAGAAAAUCCUGGAAAUGUGCGAAGGAAGGCAAUUCAGCUGUUACCUCAAUGCAACACUUACCUUUCAUAUGUAUCCUUUCCAUGACUACAACGCUACUGUUUGCACUAUCCCAAAGGCGGGGUCAUCCACCUGGCGAAACCAUCUGCGGCGCGUGAACAAGGGCCCUCCCAUGUACCUCCCCAUCAGAGCAGACCCUCGACGAGAAGCCUUCCUCUCGCGUCCCGUCAACGCCUCCUUCGGUGCCAUCUUGUCAACGGCCAAGAUCAUUACCGUCUACGCGUUCACGGCCGCCGGCGCCAUUGCUUUUCUUACCGCGCAUAGUUACUUGCCUAAUCAACAUAGUAAAUGUCAGGUCUAA